AUGUCCAAUCAGUUACGCAGGGAGCAAGGGCGAUUCCAAUACUCCAAUCGCCUGUUCUUGAUGACAAUUGAGUCUGAAAGUGUCGGACACCUUCCUCUUGGGGAUCAGACAUCUCCGGAAUUGCACACCAGAAUCGGUGAGCAUAAGCGAUCCAUUAACAGACCACCGAGAAUAUCAGGGGCUAAUCAAAGAUUCGGCAAUGGCAGAGGAUCGCGUUUUAUUCUGUUAAAGAAUGUGAGCCGACUAAGUCUAGGGUCGAAACAUUCCAACUGCAACAAAGAACCAGUUUCAGAGAACAUUGAUGUCGGUCGGGGUCUCAAGAUUCAUGUGGAAGCAUUGGUGGCCAAGAGACUGGACUUCAUCGUGGUGCGAUGGUUUGCGUUCCUCAAUAAACCGAUGAGCUGUACCGGAGGAUUGCCAUACAGCAUCCACAGAGUCACCUACCAGGUUGGGAAUUGGGACAACGGUGGCCAACCACAACUGCAUAGCGGACGGGCUUUUGAGUCAAAGGAUUUUGGGGAUGACGAGGAUGAAGAGGAAAUUGAAUCAAGUGGAGAAGCUGACUGGGUACGUCCGAGUACUUUGUCCGGUUCAUCACGCGUUAGGCGAACCUCUCCUGGUUCUAUACUAUCUGCGGCAGAGGUUUCCAUGCGUUUAUCCAUUUUGGAAUCAAUAAAUUCAAUGGCAGACGACUUGCCAUGUUUAGCUGCCAUUCGUUCCACAUUAGCUCUGUAA